UAUACUUUUACGAAACAAAAUAAACGUAUCUCGAUGAAAGCACGCUGACGUAUGAACCAAUUGUUAAAUUGAACAAAGGACUCAAGGAGUGGGCGUCGUGGCAGCCAGUGCGAAAGCGUCAAGCAAUCUUUCCUCAUUCAGUCGGCAUACGCCGUUCAAUCUAAAACGAGAAAAUAGCUAGAUGAGCAUGCCUCCAAAGCCAGAUACUUCCAAAAGAGGAUGUAAAGAACCAAAAGGUUCAGUAAAGAAUAUUACUGAACAGGUAGGAGGUUUGAAGAUCGAAGACAGCCAUAGUAAAGAUUCAAAGCAAGGAAAUGAUGGAACCCCUGAGACUAAGAGCAAGGGAACUGUAAGGAAGAAAGGGGCACGAAGACCAUUGCUGAUAGACAUUAAAAAAUGUAACACAAACAAUGGAGAAUGUAUGGAGAAUCAUCCGUGGGAGCCGAAUCGACCCAAGAUUAUGCCUGACGAAAUGGACGAAUCCGCAGUGUAUACGGUGGGCAAAAACUGGAAACAUUGGGAUAAGGUUGAUUUAAGAAAAAUAUAUCAGCAUCUCCCCAAAUUUGUCAAGGAAAUGAAAGGGAAAACGUGUCGGCAAGAGCUAGAAGAGGUAUUGCAACUUGAUAAAAGCUCGGACACCAGAGACUCAGAGACCGAGGCCUCAGCAAACAAAGACACAGACAAAGAAGGCUCAGGCAACGACGGCUCAGAAAACAAUAGCUCAGCUAACAAAGACAUGGAAAGCGGAAGCUCAGAAACCAAAGCCCCACCCAAAAUGCUGCGGUUUAAGCCGAUCUCUGACGAAUAUCUAACCCCGCACGUAAAGGAGGUAGUUUACAUGCAAAGGAAAAAGGACGAGCCAAAGGACAAGCCAGACCUUCCAGACACACCGAAAGUAAAAGAAAGUUUUAGGGCCUAUUCUUUGCCACGGCCACAAAACCCACAACAAAAGCCAAACAUCUGGUUCCUAGACUGCGAAUAUAUGUGCAAGGUUCAUUUACCUGGUAACACUUCAGAUUGGCUCGACGAUAGCGACAAGAGCGGUAAGCGAAUUAGAGCAAUUAAACCCGACAAAAUCGACCAAAGAUGGAUUUUUACACCUUCCUUUCGUCGAGCGAAGAUUGCUCUGCUGGAUUGGCCGGAUGAUCGAAUCCUGAACUCUAAAAACACAAUCAGGAUUCUUGUGGUAAGACCCACAGAAUUCGAAGAGUAUGUCAAGUAUUGUGGGGACAAGUUUCACAUCAUCAGCCUACCAAAUGAUGAGAUUGGUGCUGGAUACCCCAGAUUGUGGAUACAAAAAAUUGCUCUACGAUUGAAGUUGAACUUCAUUUGGAUGAUUGAUGACAGUCUUCUGUGCUUUUACGAGUACCACCCAGAUGAUGGAGAAGAAACUAUAUAUGAUCCAGACAGACGGCGAAAGUUCAGCAUCGUUUUUAAAAGUAUUGAAUACUUCGUGCAGUGUGCCAGUUCCCACACUGUCCCCAUCGCAGCCAUGAGCCCGAGGCAAUUUAGGGGCGCAAAACCUCCAUUGUUUGAACAACUUGCUUGCCUUCCUCCACAGAUUGCUGUGUAUCUCAACCUCGAGGCACUGAAGUCUAGGGACAUAUACUAUAGACCUGAACUACAGGUCCUAGAAGACAUGGUCUUCGGUUAUGAAUGUGAGCAAAAUGGCCUUAAAGUUUUCGUGGACAAUCGCAUUCAGCUGAAGGAUAAAGAUUGGAGAGACACUGGAGCCAGAAGUAUUUCUGUACAACAGAAAAUGAGGGAGGCAGAUGAGGUAUUCGAAGCCAACACUACGACCCAAUUGAUCUUCCGAUACUAAAUGUAAAGUAUGUUAUGAACUUUGCAUUGUUUACUGGUUAUUGGAUGUAAACCAAUUCUAGAUAGUGCUUUUAAUGCUGUUUUAGGGAUUUUAACUAGUUUUGAAGUUUUAUUUACUGAAGGAAAAAUCUUCAGAACAUUGACAAGAACACUCAUAUUUGUAAUGGGAAAAUACACUUGAAAAUUUCUUCCAUAAUUAUGAACAUACAGUUAAAAUAAGUUAGACACAUUUUGCAAGUAUGGCUCUAUAGUUCCAUGUGUUAAAAAGAAAAUAUUUAUAAAAAUAACUAAAUGACUUGUUUCCUGGUGGAAGUGGAGGUCUUGAUGCCACACCAGGUGUUAGUGACAUUCCUUGAUGUCCACCCUCUGGGGUACUGCUGACAGGACCAAACAUUCUUCCUGCAGUAUCAAAGGGGCCUGGGGAGGGAUGGCCUGGGGAGGGAUGGCCAGGGGAGGAAGGCACCACAAGCAUCAGAGAUCCUUGAGUUGAGGAGCACAAACUGCUUCCUCUCCUUUGCUGUUGGGUGAACAGGAAUUUUACAAUCUUACCAGACUUGAGUGCCUGGAAAAAAAAUAUGCAAGAUUGAUUUACUAGAGGUUACUCCCUAUUUUAAUUGUCCCGAACCAUUUGGAAUCUUUGUUUUUGUAGCAUUUAGCAACUAGGAGUACUGUAGUUAUUUGGUUAUGCCCCACGGUUUUUUCAGGAAAAUUCUGUCUUGGGAGGAAAGUUAGUGCUGAAAUUGGGGUGUACCUUAUAGCCAAGAAUAGCCAAGUAUUUUUAUGCAAGUAAAUCUUACAACAAUAAUUUCAGCAGAAUUGGUAAUUGUAAUCUUCAAUGGAGUGUUAAUGUAGUUAGCCAUAUGUUCUUUUGAAAGGUUUUCCUAACAGUUCACUGGUGUCAAUUUUUAACAGCUGGCCUUGCUUGUUCAAGAGAUGCACGAUGCUUGUGUCACAUAAUUUCCUACUUUUUAAAGACCGAAGUCUUUUACAUUAUUUCAGCGCAAUUAGAAAUUUUCCAGAUACCAACAUGUAAUUAUCAAUUUUGGAUAGAGAUGAGAAUGAUUAUGGUAGAAGAAAUAAACUGUAAGUUGAAUAAAAACAUAGGUCUUUGAAUCUAAUAGUAAAAUUUAAACCAAACCUAAAACUCAAGCAUGAAAUUUAUAGCAUGGAUUUACUUUCCUAAGUUAUACAGUGGAAAUAACAGAAAAAUAGACAUUUUAGGAAGGAACUUAAGGUCGAGUGCAGUAUAUUAUGAAUGUUAGGAGCAUGUUAGACUUGCAAACCCUAGUUCCAAGGCUCAAGUCCAGUACAAAUAUCCUGCAAUUUUGUACACUGGUUUGCACAGUUGAUUAUUUUUUGUUGUAAAACACUUGUUUAACAGGUUGACUAUCUUGUACGAGUUUUUUAAAAGGGAAAAGCAUGGAUAUCAUUUUAGCAAUGUAUACAAGUCAUACAAAAUAAAGCAGCUGGAUGAUUAAAAACUUAAAUCAUUGGUAGA